AUGUCCGUGUCUCUGUGGUGUGAAGAGGUGGAGGAAGAACAGGGGCCAGACGGGGGCCAAGACAAGGGCCGGGGUACGGGCUCGGCUCAGGUGCGAGCCGCCUGGGACCCCACCGUGUCCGGGCAGCGCGUCAUCCAGGGGCUGCUUCACAUGGAGGAGAGGUACAUGCCAUCCAUCCUCUACAUCACCCUCAUCCAGCGAGAUCCAAAACGCAGAGAAGAGCUCACUAAAUGGGCCCUCGAGGUGUGUUGUGAGUGUGGCUGUGACGAGGCAGUGUUCCCGCUGUCGGUCUCUCUGAUGGAUCGGUUCCUGUCUGCCUCCUUGUCCCUGCCUGUCUCUCCCUAUUGCCUAACUGCCACCUGCAUCCUCAUUGCCUCGAAACUGACGGAGUGUGAGAAUGUCGCCGCUGACACCCUCUGUGCCGCAGCUGAACACAGCUUCUCGGCGUCUAAUCUACGGGAGAUGGAGCGCGUCGUACUUGCUACUCUCCGAUGGGACACCGCAGCAGUAACUCCUCAGGACUUCCUCCCGCACUUCCUGUCCUGUGUGGAGGAGAGUAAAGGGAGGGAGGGCAACUCUCUGGAGCUCCUGUCCACCCUGCGCCGACAUAGUGACACGCUGGUGGCCAUGUGUGUCUGUGACUCCCGUUUCCUGGGAGCCCCUCCGUCUCUUAUUGCUGCAGCAUCACUGAACUCUGCCCUCCGAGGUCUUGGCGAUAAAGAGUCCGGCCAGCUGGCUCAUAUGAGCCAAUUACUGACAGUGUUGUGCCAAACAGAGAUAACGGUGCUGCAGUGCUACAGUGAAAUGAUAGAAUGUGCCCUCAGACAGCGCUUAGGGGAUGGACUGCAAGGCUUCCCCAAGGAAAAAGAAGAAGAGGUGGAGAAUGAGAGAGCAGGAACUCCUACUGACAUGCGAGAGAUUGAUUUCUAA